CUUUGGGGCUAAUUCAUGGCCCGUUUGACGGCGCUCUCAAACCGACUUGGAUCAGCUUGUGCUCGAUUUGGGCUAAUUCUUGGCCCGUUGGGGGAUGCAAUGGAAUGUCAAGCCCCGGGUGGGGGUUACAACAUGGCGCUGUGGCUAGCAGACCACCAUAAGACGCCGUCGUCUCAUCUGCAUCUGUCUUUGGGGCUUUGGUCGCGGAGGGUUGCAGCAACGCAUCCGUUCCACACAGAUGUCUCCGAGCGACUCCUCCUUCAAGAUGAUUCUGGGGUCGUCCUCAAGGUCUCGCCGGCAGAUACUAUCCGAGAUGGGAUACGACUUCAUCGUCCUGAGUGCAGAUAUCGACGAGAAGGAGAUUCGCAGGCACACGCCGGAGGAGCUGGUGAUGGUCUUGGCCGAAGCCAAGAUGCCAUAAUAUCGAAGCUGAGGAGCAGCGGUUUUAAAGAAGAGGAUGCCGAGCCGACCUUAUUGAUAACUGCUGACCAGGUUGUGGUCCAUGGUGGUAUGAUAAGAGAAAAGCCAAGCAGCACAGAGGAAGCACGAGAAUUUAUCAAAGGUUAUUCUGCGGGGCAUGCAUCAACAGUUGGAUCUGUACUUGUUACCAAUUUGAAAACUGGGGUUAGAAAAGGAGGAUGUGAUAAAGCUGAGAUUUAUUUUCACAAAAUACCAGAUGAGGUCAUUGAUAGCCUGAUUGAGGAGGGUGAUGUGCUUUAUGUUGCUGGUGGGCUGAUGGUUGAACAUCCAUUAACUUCACCUUUUGUGGAGGCAAUAGUGGGGACAAUUGAUGGCGUUAUGGGGCUUCCUAAAGCUCUCACUCAAAGACUUAUUCACGAGGCCCUUCAGUCAGCAAUCUAAGGGUCUUGUCACCGGUGGUCUAACUACAAUUUUGAUUUUGAUGGUGCUAGGGUAUCUAAUCAUCAGGAUUAGUUGAAGAUGAAGAUCAGAGGCCUGUUAAAUGAUUAACAGGAAAUCUGCCACAAGUAGCAUCAAAGAAUGACUAUUAAAUUAGAGACUGGUGCAGAUUUUUGUUAUUACCAUCUCAGUUAAUUAUAUUGACAUAUGUGGACUGUGUGCAUACUAAUUUUGCUCCAUGGAGUUUCGUGA